AUGUCUUCAUCUGAUAAACCAUCCGUGGCCUUUAUUGGUCUUGGAGCCAUGGGUAUGGGUAUGGCCACAAACCUCCUGAAAACAUUUUCCGUCACCGGCUUCGACGUCUACGAGCCCACUCUCGAAAAGUUCAGAUCCGCAGGCGGACGCACAGCUCCCACACCUCGAUCCACGGUGAUAAAUGCGAAAUACAUCGUCGUCAUGGUAGCCACCGCCGCACAAACACUUUCAGUUCUCUUCGACGAUGCCAAUGGAGCGAUCCACGCCUUGCAACCCAAUGCUACCAUCAUCCUAAGCUCCACCGCUUUUCCCGAACAUGUCCCGCACGUCAGAGCAUUACUCGAUAUCAAAUAUGAUAGGCGAGAUGUGCAGUUGGUAGACGCACCGGUAUCUGGAGGCACGGGUCGAGCGGCGAUGGGUACACUUGUGGUGCUCGCUUCGGGGCCGGAGAAUGCAGUGGAAGCGGCGAAACCGGUGUUGAUGGCAAUGGCAGAUCCGUUAUACGUCAUUCCGGGAGGACUGGGGGCGGGCACAAAUGUUAAGAUGGUGCAUCAAGCGCUGGCGGGUAUACAUAUGACUAUGGCUUCAGAGGCAAUGGGGUUCGCGGCAUUCUUGGGCCUCAAUACGAAGCAGACGUUUGAUUAUCUUACGAAUUCAUCAGGAGGAAGCUGGAUGUUGGGAAAUCGAGUCCCGCAUAUGUUGGAGAAUGAUCUACAUCCGUAUUCGGCUUUAAAUAUUAUUGUAAAGGAUAUGGGUAUCGUGACAGCCGAUGGCCGUAGAGUCAAGUGUCCACUCUUUCUCUGCUCUGCUGCUGAGCAAGUAUUGGCGUCAGGUGUACGUUCUGGGUUUGGUUUAGAUGAUGAUUCUGGACUCGUCAGAGCUUAUAUUCCCACGCAGCCAAGUCUCGUCUUCGAACAGACUACUGCUGCUGCUAUAAGUACCGAUGAUCCGAGAUUAAAAUUAGUUGAGGAUGUAUUGGCAGGUGUGCAUUUAGUUGCAGCAACAGAGGCAAUGGCUUUUGGUCAGACGAUAGGCCUGGACCCAGAAAUGCUAUACGAUAUCGUGAAAGGGGCGGCGGGAGCGAGCGCUAUGUUCGUGGAUAGGGUACCGGCUUUGUUGAGUGGGAAGUGUACCUCGAAAGUCACUAUUGACAACGUUAUUGAUCGUUUAAAUACAGCAAUCGAGGAAGCGAGUCGAAUCAAAUACCCGUUGCAUCUUACAGCAACAGCAUUACAAGUCUUACAGUUGGCAAGUGCUAGAGGUUUCGGGGGUGAACCUGAUGUUGCCGUGGCGAAGAUAUGGGAUGGUCAUGUCGAAUUUCCACUGGCUCUCUUUUCAUGA